CAGAAAGAUUAGCCAGGAGGUAGGUUAAUUUAACGCUUUAUGACCACAACAAAAGAGGUAAAAACAUGACAGUUAAUCGUAUGGCGAAUGUGCGUAUUGUGUUGUCUGCAGUUCUUGUUUUUAGCCGUAAAGAAGUUGUUUUUAACUAGCUAACGUAGUGCUCUUGAAUGUCUCCUUAUAGAGCAUGGUUAGUCCAACCCGGAUUACAACAGGAUGUGUUCAGGCUCCUGGACUCUCCUAACUGAUGGGUGUGAACAAAGACACUUCUCAUCUGACUGACUGUGCGUCUGCAGGAGAACUUCUCCAACUGCAGCCCAGACUUCAAGACAAUCAACAUGGACCCGUCCUACCAGAAGCACUUUACGGUUGCCGACUAUGUCAUAUUUGCAGUCCUGCUUGCUGCAUCGAUGGGCAUCGGGCUAUACCAUGCUCUUUCAGGUGGACGUCAGCGCACCACCCAGGAGUUCUUGAUGGCAGACAGGAGCAUGAGGUGUCUCCCUGUUUCCCUGUCGCUUAUCGCCUCAUUCCAGUCUGCGGUGGCGAUCGUAGGCGUACCCGCAGAAAUCUACACUCACGGUACUCAGUACUGGUUUAUCGGCUGCGCCUAUAUUCUGGGCCUCCUCAUUCCUGCUCAUAUUUUCAUUCCUGUGUUGUACAGACUGCGGCUUUCCAGCACGUACCAGUAUCUUGAAAUGCGCUUCAGCAAAGCAGUGCGCAUCUGUGGGACUUUGACCUUCAUCUUUCAGACAGUUAUCUACAUGGGACUUUGUGUGUAUACCCCUGCCUUUGCACUAAAUGCAGUUACUGGAUUUGAAUUAUGGGGAGCAGUGCUGGCCACUGGCCUAGUGUGCACAUUGUACACAACAAUGGGUGGUUUGAAGGCUGUCAUCUGGACAGACGUCUUCCAGACCGUUGUGAUGUUCGCGGGGCAGUUGGCUGUCAUCGUGGUGGGAGUGCAGCAGACUGGAGGAGUGUCUGAAGUCUGGAGGAAAGUCCGGGAAGGAAACCGCAUCUCUUCUCUCGACCUUAACCCAGAUCCUACAGAGAGACACACCUUCUGGACUCUGGGAGUUGGGGGAAUCUUUCUCAUGCUGUCUCUGUACGGAGUGAACCAGGCUCAGGUCCAAAGAUAUCUCAGCGCGCGCACAGAGAAAGAGGCUGUCAGGUCUUGCUACAUGGUAUUUCCUUCCCUGCAGUUGGCUCUGGCUCUAAGUUGUGUCAUGGGACUGGUCAUGUUUGCACGUUACUGUGGAGAGGAUCACUCUGACAAGCUGGGCGCCUCUUCAAAGGACUCAAUGGUGAUAUACUUUGUGAUGGACAUGCUGCAAGGUCUGCCUGGACUACCUGGACUGUUUAUCGCGUGUUUGUUCAGUGCAGCUCUCAGCACCAUCUCUUCUGCAUUCAACUCUUUGGCCACUGUAACAAUGGAAGACCUCAUCAAACCACAUUUCCCCCCCAUGACCGAGGCAAGAGCAACCCUGCUGUCCAAAGCCUUAGCUAUGUCAUAUGGGCUGCUGUGUCUGGCCAUGGCCUAUCUCACACACCUAAUGGGGGAUUCAGUUCUACAGGUGGCUCUGAAGAUCUUUGGGAUGGUUGGUGGUCCUAUUCUUGGUCUGUUUUGUCUCGGGAUGUUUUUCCCGUGGGCCAACUCCACUGGAGCGUUGGCCGGUCUGGGGUCCGGUCUGGCUUUGGCUUUUUGGGUUGGUAUCGGGAGCAUCGUCACUCGUAGCUCCAGCACAAGACCGUUGCCGCCCUGCAGAGCCGCCCUGCUGUCCGACAACACGACUGCUGCCAUUCAUGCUGCACUCCUCAAUGUUACUCUGACCCGACCCUCUGGACUGAAGAGAUUUUAUUCAUUGUCCUACAUGUGGUACAGUGCAUUCAGCUGCCUCACCGUCAUUCUAAUAGGCCUGAUCAUCAGCUUCCUCACAGGCCCUAUGAAAGAAGAAGAUGUAACACCAGGCACACUCUAUCCCUUGUUAGGGAAACUGCUUUGCUUUCUACCUGAACACCUCAAAAAGAAGCUCUGCUGCGUGACUCCUCUGGGACACACGCUCUCAGCACGACAAAGGCCUUCACAAAACAAAGAAACCAAUGGGCUGGCCUUCCCACGAGAGGACAAACCAUCACAGCCAGAGACGGACACAUUUUUUCCUGAGACUCAUACGCCUCUUGUGGAGCAUGAAACCACUGUGUGAUAUCACAGUGGUUUCAUGUCUGGCUGGAAAGUCUUUACACUAAGCACUUGGACUCAAACAAUGUGUGUUUUUGUAUUUCUCUUUUUAGUAUUGCCUUUGCUUUGUGAUGAACGAUGUCAUUUGCAUUGUCAAAUGCUGCCAUAAGGUCAAAGCUGAAUAAUGUCCAGUCAACACAGGGUUGUUUAAAGAAGAGUUUAAUUUAUGCAGUAUUUGUCAACUUAAAGUGUAUGAGUUAUGAUUACAUUUGGGUUAAGGCAAGACCCCAGUUUCACAAACACCAUGUAAACACCUUACCCAACCUUAGAACCCGAGUUCUCAUAACACAG